ACCCGUAACUUUCUCUCGGUGUUGGCCUGCCCGGGGGAAGAGAGAGAGAAAGAAAGAGAUGCUUUAAUUCGAACGCCGUUGCCUCCUCUCUCGAGUCCUUCUCCUCCCUCCCCCACAGCCACAGUGGCAUCACAUCACGCCAAGUUCGCCGGCCGGAGAUCGACUCCUCCGCCCUGGCAUCCGGCUUCGAUCGCGGCUCCCCUCUGAGGAUUUUUGACCUAGAGGUUUCCCAUGGCAUCAGUUACUUAUAUUGAUGAUAGCCUUGCUGAGGUUAUUGAUCCUCCAAAGAAUGAGGAGAUGCUGGAUGUCACUGAACUUGUUGGUGAUCAUAUUCAGCAUUCACCAAAACCAAAUGUGGCAAGCUAUGGCAACGUGCGUGAGCUACUGGAAUGCCCUGUGUGCUUGAGUGCCAUGUAUCCUCCAAUUCAUCAGUGCUCCAAUGGACAUACUCUGUGUUCUGGAUGCAAGCCAAGGGUUCAUAAUCGCUGUCCAACGUGCAGGCAUGAACUUGGUAACAUAAGAUGUCUUGCUCUGGAAAAGGUGGCUGCAUCACUAGAGCUUCCAUGCAAGUACCAGAACUUUGGGUGUUUGGGCAUAUACCCUUACUAUUGCAAGCUGAAACAUGAAUCGCAGUGCCAAUACAGACCUUAUACUUGUCCAUAUGCUGGAUCUGAAUGCACAGUUGCUGGUGAUAUUCCAUAUCUAGUAAAUCACUUGAAAGAUGACCAUAAGGUUGACAUGCACAAUGGAAGCACCUUCAAUCAUCGUUAUGUCAAGUCAAAUCCUCAUGAAGUUGAGAAUGCCACAUGGAUGCUCACGGUUUUCAGCUGCUUCGGCCAGUACUUCUGCCUGCACUUCGAGGCUUUCCAGCUGGGCAUGGCGCCCGUGUACAUCGCCUUCCUCCGUUUCAUGGGCGACGACGCCGAGGCCAAGAACUACAGCUACAGCCUGGAGGUCGGAGGGAACGGGCGCAAGAUGACAUGGCAGGGCGUGCCUCGGAGCAUCAGGGACAGCCACCGGAAGGUCCGGGACAGCUACGACGGGCUCAUCAUCCAGCGCAACAUGGCCCUCUUCUUCUCGGGUGGCGACAGGAAGGAGCUCAAGCUGCGGGUCACUGGGAGGAUCUGGAAGGAGCAGUGAGGCAGCAGCUCGACGCAUGCGGCGUUGCGUGUGUGUGGACAAGUAUAAGAACUGCGAUUCAUGUAAUGUAAAUGAUGUAUCAUGACAUGAAGCAUGGAAUCCAGGAAACCUUGUAGGGUGUAGGUGGUAGUUGGAAUCUUUGAGUCGUGGGUGGUUCUUGUGUCGUUGUGUGGUGGUACCGACUGAUUUAGAACCGGAGGCAAAUCUCUCCUUUGCUUUGAACCUCUCGAGAGUUGCCAUGGCGGGGCCUUGAUGGCACGGCUGUGGACAACAUGAAAUGUAAAUGAUGUAUCCCGGCUCACUGUCGGUGGAUCAGACAGACUCGCUCACCAUUGUUUCUGAGUUUGGCCAAUGAAUUACUAGCCUCAACUA